AUGUCGGCUCCCGCAGAACGGUUUCAUGGUACAAGCAGCGUAGGCGGGUGGUCUUUCAUUGGGCUGCAGGCCUGUGGUUCGUUCAGUGAUGGUACAAAGGUGUCGAAGGAAAUGCGCCCGUCCCCAAGCAUCCCCCGGUCCCGAAACGACCCGGAGUUUUGCCCACAGGAAUGGAAACGCAUCCAACCAAUGGAUCAGCUAACUAUUCCCGUCGCGCAACGGCAUGACCCUCUGGAACUUCCGCCAGUUGCGGCCGUGGAUUCGCUCCUAUGGCACUAUAGCGAUAGCAGUAUUAUGACGAGUCAAAUAUCUCGACAGUGCAGGAGAUAUAACCAGGGUGAUCAUUUGGCCAAAACGCCCUCCGCGUCCUUCAAAAGAAGCCCAUUGAUUGUAGCCAUUCAUAAACCCAUCUCCAUACCGAAUCUGAUGAAGUCCCCGUUUUUGGAACCCCCGCCAUUCGCAUUGAUGCCUACGGGUUCGUGUUUUGGAAGCGGAGAUGACUAUUUCUCUCCGCAACCUCGCAAAGAAAGCGCCGAUAGGAAUGCAGCGUCCGGCCCGACAACUGACAAAGGCGCUGGAUGUGGCGCUGCCUUGGAAAGAUGGCCGUGCCUGGUUUUCUCUGAUGGUGGCAUGAUCGCCGGCUUGAAAGCAAUCGAUCUGGCCGUCAAAGAUGCCUCUCUUCGGGCGGAAUGCUCCGCUCAAGGCCGUAAACGACUCGAUCACCUCCAGCACGGUCUGGAUAGACCGCUUCCCGGCCAAAGUACGAGUCAUAUCUACAAGACGGCGGGAAGGGAGGAUGCAUUUCUGGAUACCGGAAAUCAAACGGGCGAUCUGCAAGAGGGAGACCAUGGCCCGGUUCCGAGCACAUUAGGCCUGUUCAAAGCACAAAAACCAAAAAGCCCAGCCCGUGAUCGUUUCUUCUACAAGGCCUAA